UGAAAGAUAGAGGAACCUACUUCUCUUCUUUUUCAUUUAUUUUAUUCUAUUUCCCUUUGAGUGGAAGGGUAGAUGUUCAUUCACACUAUAAAAAUGUCUAAUUGAGAGAACAAACAAGUAUCAAUUCAAUGUAUUAUUUCAAUUUGUAUUCAAUUUUGUCCUAUAAAGGCUUUUGAUUAUGAAAUUUUCAAAUCAAUACAACUCAAUAUCUCCACCGAAAGGAAUUUUAAGGUCCGUUGUAGACUAAAAUUCUUAAUCCUAGAAAACUUAGUCCUUUCAAGUAGUCCAAACAAGGAUUGAGAUCCAUUUCCACUCAUAAAUCAACAAUACAAGUUAGAUGAACAAAGAGUUCACAAAAAAAUCAAAGCCUAAAUGGAUGGGGAAAUCAAUAACUUGGUCAAGGUAUGGUUCUCAAUUCUAGCAUCUCUUUUUUAUUGCUAUUUUUUAGCUUCAAAGAUCCCCGAAGGUAAGUUUAGGCUCAUUUCUCUUUUCCCAAUCUUCAUCCUUUUCACUGCCCUCCCUCUAUACCUCUCAUAUGUCUUCCCUAUAGGCCUAAUAGCUUUGCUAUUCUCUUGGUUAGGUAACUUCAAGCUCCUCCUUUUUGCCUUUGAUAAAGGACCACUUUCAACUCACUCAUCUAAUUCCCUAAUUCAUUUUAUCCUCAUAGCUUCUCUCCCUAUAAAAAUCAAGGAAAAUGAGAAAUACCCAUUUCUCAAAAGCCCCGAUAUACAUCAAAAUUCAUCUAAAAAACAUCCCAAAUUGCCUCUAAAUUGCCCAACCAAAGUAUUGCUUUUUGCCAUAUUGGUGAGUGCACAUGAUUAUAAACAAACUCUGCACCCAAAGAUUGUAUUGCUUCUAUACAGUUGCAUGGUGUAUUUAUUGAUAGACAUAAUUUUUGGUAUAUUUAAUGGUCUAGUACAUGCCACAUCGGGUUUGGAGCUCGAACCGCCGUCCGAUGAACCUUAUCUUUCAACAUCGUUGCAAGAUUUUUGGGGUAGGAGAUGGAACCUCAUGGUAACAUAUCUUCUACGCCACACCAUAUACAAACCCGCUCGGUCAUUUUUUGACAAAAUGUUAGGUUCCAUGUGGGCUCCACUUGCGGCAGUGCUGGCGGCUUUCACUGUCUCUGGGCUAAUGCAUGAGCUCGUGUUCUACUACGUCACACGUGUGAGUCCCACGUGGGAGGUAACAUGGUACUUCGUUUUGCAUGGGGCAUGUGUGGUUGUAGAGUUUGGUGUCAAAAGGGUGUUUUCCGGCAAGGCUCAGCUGCAUUGGGCUGUGUCAACACCAUUAACAGUCGGUUUCGUGGUGGCUACUGCUAUGUGGCUGUUUUUCCCGCCGGUGUUGAGGACUGGUGCUGUCGAGAAAGCCAUUGAAGAGUUCAAGGUCUUGUUGGAUUUUGCCAAGGUUUUAAGGAAAGUGAGUUCUUUUUGGUAAUAGAAAAGAUUUAUUUGGCUGAAAAUGCAAGAUAUGAAAGGGUGAUGAAAUAUUGGAUUUUUGCUAAUUCAAUAAAAUCUGUUGACUUUUUCUAUCAA